CUCAGCUCCUGUCACCAGAUAUUGCAGAAAUACAAAUGAAUCCACAAUGUCACUUGUUGCAAAACGACGAGCUGAUCGCGAGCCUGUUGACCGUCCCCACAAAGCACGCAGGCCCUCGCCGACACAGACGAACAGCUUUGUGCCCUUCACCAUCCACCGAGCCUUAUGCAGCGCCCAGAAGGACCAUACAGAUCACCCCAGGCGAGCAGACUAUUUCGACGCACCCCGUCUGUUUUACGGCGACAGCAGGGCAAGCCAUUUACGAGGAGAGGAGCAGAUUGACGAUCUUGACGAAUAUGUGGAGAACCACGAGGACAUCAGUUUGGUUUGGAUAAAGUUUUACUAUUGCGAUGAUUACCACGAAUCCGCCCGAGAUCAGUUCGAAAUUCUUCGGGCGCCUUUGCAUCCGAUGAACCCGAUGCUCAUGCGCCACUUCUCCAUUCUCUACGCCGACGCCAACGAGGCAAUCCCGGAACACGAGGAGAUUUCCAUUGUCGAUGAUAAGAUCAAGGACGCUGUCGAGGAGGUCAUUGAUAUCAAAUGCGAUCGAAUCUCUACCGCAGUAAGGACACAAGAAACCUCAGCUGCGGUGAGCCGCUUAUACAUCCAUUUGAGGCAUCCUAAUGUCCAAGACGACGAGCCAGAAAAGGCCUUGGACGAUCUUCUGAAAUACAUGGAAAUGGCAUUCGAAAAGGAGUACCAGGAGGCGGACGACUUGUUCGCGCGAGGCUACGUGACGCGGAGGCAUCUUGCGAAGCUGUUCUGGAAGGACGAGGUCAUUGUCGCAAGCCGUGGAGGCCAGCCACGGGCAUAUUUAUGUAAGGGCUGGCCUUACUGGGAGGGGGACGACUUUGUCUUCCCAUCCGUCACCUGGUCAUUUGAUGGACAAUUCUUUCGGGGGGAGGAAUUGGUCACUCUCGAAUACCAAUUUCACGCAGAGGAAGAAGUCCCUAUAACCGACUUGCCUGUGUAUCCUCUUCGUGUCGCCGAUGAUGUGAAAUCACGUUUAAUAAGGCGAGGGAGGGCAUUCUGGCGGUGCCGAAGCAGGCAAUUCGUAUCCUACAUGCCAUCGCCUUCAGCCGUCGAGCUUCCAACGUCGAACCCCCGCUAUAUGGUAGAUGCCAAAACCUAUCAUCAUGUGCAUAGCGAGUCGACUCCUGCAGCAGGCCGAUCUUACCUCUCAAAACAUGAGCAUGACCAAGAGUUUCCCCCAGAUGAAGAGUUUCAAAUUCUCCUCCCCGCGACUAUUCCCGCGUUUGGGUUCCAUGACAAGAAGUGGAUCUCUGUUUCCGUCGAGGGGAUUCGCGAUAUAAAGUGGAACGCCGAGGCUUUUAAUCAUCUCGUUCUUAAACACACGAAGAAGGAAUUGAUAAAAGCCCUCGUGGCUAAGCACACGGCUGCUGGUGACACAAAUGAUGUGAUAGAAGGCAAAGGGAAUGGCUUGAUACUGCUCCUCCAUGGUGGGCCAGGCACAGGGAAGACCCUCACCGCUGAGUCGGUGGCGGAGCUCACGGAACGACCACUAUAUCGCGUCACCUGCGGAGAUAUUGGUACGAAUGCGGAGGAGGUUGAGCGAUACCUCGAGUCUGUUCUUUAUCUUGGUACAGUGUGGCAAUGUGUCGUUCUCUUGGACGAAGCCGACGUCUUUCUCGAGGAGCGCACACAGCAGGACUUGAAGCGAAACGCGCUGGUCUCCGUAUUUCUCCGGGUGUUGGAAUACUACUCCGGUAUUUUAGUCCUUACGUCGAACCGAAUCGGGACAUUUGACGAGGCUUUCAAGUCUCGAGUACAAUUAACCCUUCACUAUCCAACACUCGACGAAGUUAGCCGUCGGCGAAUUUGGUCCAAUUUCAUCACCAGGCUACACCGUACAAAUCCAGAGGCAAAGGCCGACCAGAUCUUGGAAAGGCUCGAUGAGCUCAGCACCUUCAAGUUGAACGGUCGCGAGAUUCGGAACAGUAUUAGGACUGCAAUGCUCCUGGCCGAGUUCCGGGGGGAAUCCCUUCAGUAUAGCCACUUACAGGACGUCAUCGACGUGUCCAACGAGUUUGAGCAAUACUUGUGCGACACACAUGGACACAGCGCGUCCGAGUCUGCUAGAUUCCAAAGGAUUCGAAAAGACUAGAGCUACAAGGUACGAAGUCAGUCAUUAUUGACACGCCAAGUCUUCACGGGACAAUUAGGCCCACGGAAAAUUUGCUCUCCAAUGAAAGCUUUCUCGCUAGUAUCGGACCGUAUAUCCGUCAACAAUCGAUUCUUUCUGUAGCUACACCCAUAGCAAACAACAGGGCUUAAUAAUUGCUUGCCUUCUGCGAGGGAAAGCGAGAGCCGUAGCGUUUCUUUAGCUUUGAUUGAUCAUUCUGUGCUGGCUGCUGCUGACUGGUCUGACACUGUUGUGUCUGAGGCUCCGUACGCUGACUGAUGGUACUCGGGACAUUUUUCAGCCUCCUCCUGCGAGAAUUCGCUUGAACUAUUGAUGACUUCUGUUAAACCAUGGCUAACCCAAUAAG